ACAAUGUUAGGUACUGUUUUAGUUGCAGUUUUUGUAACUGCAUUUGCAGCACCUUUAGUGGAGGAUAGAGCUCAGAAGUUAUUUGACCCAAAUGAAAUAUUGUCUGGAGACCCUGAUGCAUUCGAAGAGGGCGAAUUCGGCAAAUAUUUCGAAGGAGAUAUGUUGCUAACAACAACGCAAGAACGUGACAUCCAUGCAGCCAAGGAUGACUCUCGUAAUGGCCUUCGUGGUGGAACCAAACGUUGGCCCAAUCGAACUGUUGUUUACCACAUUGAAAUUGAGGAUUUUGAGGACGACCAAGUUAAAUUGAUUGAAGAGGGAAUGGCCGAUAUUGCAAACAAGUCUUGCUUAAGAUUUGUACCUAGAAAGAAUGAAGCGGAUCAUGCUGUUAUUAUACAGGGAUCCGCAAACGGUUGUUUCUCAAACGUAGGCUUCAGCACUCCGAAAGACGACGAAGAUCAAAACCAGGUUCUAAAUUUAUCCAAGGGAUGCUUCAGACAUGGCACCGUGGUUCAUGAAAUGCUGCACACGCUUGGAUUCUACCACAUGCAAAGCACAUACGAUCGGGAUGAUUUUGUUAACAUUAUUUGGAAAAAUAUUCGUCCUGGUACUGAACACAAUUUUGCUAAGUAUACCAACGAUACGGUUACCGAUUUCGGAGUGAUAUACGAUUAUAAUAGCGUCAUGCAUUAUCCUGAAAAUGCUUUCUCUAUUAAUGGAAACAGAACUAUUGUUCCUUUGCAGGAAGGCGUAAAAAUCGGGCAAAGAGACGGAUUGUCCGAAGGAGAUAUAACCAAGUUGAAUAAAAUGUAUUGCGAGGAAUCUUACGACGAAGUCGUAAUCACUCACCGAUAAGAAAUAAAAAAUGUCACAAUGAA